AUAUAUUAACAUAAAUGAAUAGCAACAGAGAUCCUCAAAUACAGAGAGAGAGAGAGAGAGAGAAAGAGAGAGACCUCAAAAAUCAGAUAUCGUUAAUGAGCUGCUCUGUUCUGUUCUGCCCUGGGAUUUUCAGAAUCUGCCGUAGGCCCAUCGUAGCAUUAUACAUCCUGGAGAGUUUCAGAUAUUAUCUGUCUCUCUCUCUCUCUCUCCGUCCUUUUCUCCGGCUAAUCCAUUCAUAGGAACUAACAGGCACCAUCUCCCUCCGACGAUUACAAACUGGGGGUUUGACUUUGCGUGACAGUGCUCAGUUUCUCCGACAUCAAUGUCAGUUCGAAAAAAAUGGUUCGGUUUUAUUAACGAGAUGUUGAGAGUCAAAUCCUCUCCUUAAAAAAGGAUUCUUUCUGUUAUAUUGCGGAAGUCGAGGCAGUCUGGGAGAUUCUCUACGGAUCAUACGCGUUGAAGACAUUAUUGGGGGAAAAGUGUUCGUGUUUGGCCUGGUGGAAGAUGUUUCCUUCCUUUUUUUUAAGGAGGUAAAAUGAUUUUCCUGGAUAGCGUAUGGAAAAGGAAGCGAGGAAUAUGGAUGCGAAAUUAUAUGCGAUAACUAAGGACAGAAUUCCAUUAAUUAGGUACCGUUUGUUGCUCAUCUCUCUUUUAUCAACUAGAAUUAAUGGCAGAGAGGGUUCACCUUCCCCUCCUUUCCCCAGUAAUGUGAUAAAGAGAGAGGGUUUGUUCGAUUGUUCCUCAUAGCGCUGAUCGUAAAGUAUUCCCACUAUUCUCCACUUGCCGAGACUACUGUAAUCAGUUGAUUCAGAGCAUAUGAAAACAAUAUUUGGCUGUAGUUUGUUACAUUGCAGUGAAUCAGUGAGGGCGGUUCAGUUGCUUUCACCUAUCCGAAUUGUUGUAAGCUCAAAAUCUCACGCACAAUUGCUUCAGAAUUUUCACCCAUCUUUCGCAGUACCUGUAAACAUGAAACUUGAUAGUGAACCAGUGUUCUGCCAUUCAACUCUUGGCCAUAAGCCUGAUUCUAAACCUUUUGACUACAAUGACAUUGCUCUGGAUUCUGCUAUGAAGUCUCAAAACCUAAUCAUGACAGAAAAUCCGAGUCUCUUGUGUGACUUAAAGGGCGAUGAGAAGGAUGCAGUGCCAUUCUCAAAUGCUACAAAUGACGGAGAUGGUUGGACUGCCAUAAAGUUUGAUUGUUCUAUGAGCAUGGAUGAUAUAAACAAUGAAAAUAAAGACGAGGUCAAAGAUUUUGUUGCAUCACAUAAUCAAUAUUCCCAAAAAACAGAAUCAUUUGACAAGGACUUGCAUUUUGUUAUGGACAAAGGUGUUAUGGAAUGUGAACUGCCAGAGUUGACAGUUUGCUACAAAGGGAGUACUUACCAUGUUGUCAAAGACAUCUGCGUUGCUGAAGGCGUGCCUUCCCGCGAGAAGAUCAUGUUUGAGAGUGGUAGAGAUAAGAAAACUGUGUGCAUUGUUCUGCCGCCUGACAAGGAUCAAAACAAAGAAUUGGCAAAAGAAAAAGAAGAUAUUGAUAUUUCUGGUCCAGAUGGAUUAAAUUUUUCAGCAGAAAAUGAUUCUGACAAGGAUUCUACUAGUCAAUACGAUUCCAAGGACUCGAUGCAGACAGGGGAAGAUGCCACUGGUAGUAUUCUGACUGAUGCCUCCAAAAAGAUGUUUUUCCCUGGAAAUAUGCUUCCAAUGGUGGUGAGCGGCGUGUGUGCUUCCCAAUUUGAUUGUUUGAAUAAUGACAGCAAUAAAGUUGAACAACAGCCCUUUCAGGUCUAUGGUGAAAGACCAAUCUUGGCAAGUCCUGCUUUGGUCUCUGCAGUCGAAGAAUCAAACAAUAGCAGUGGGAAUAAGGUAUCGGCGAGCUCAACUUUGGUUUAUGCAGUGGAAGAAUCAAACUAUAGGAGUGUGGAUCCAAAGAUUGCAAGCCCUGAUUUUGUUUCUUCAGCUGAAGAAUCAAACAAUAGCACUGGGGAUCAAAUGUUGGCAAGCCCUACUCUUGUUCCUGCCACUGAAUUAUCAAACAGUAGUAGUACUGUCAAUGAGUUAUUUUACAAUAGCAAGGUGGAAAGUGGUAGCAUCACUUUCAAUUUUGACUCUUUAGAACCUUCAGCUAGUGGCAGACUUGAGGGUCUUGAAAAUGGUGACACUGAAUGUCAUGAAACUCAAAAAACGUCAAAGGUUGAAAACGGCUUUUCUGAUGCUCAUACAGUUUCAAGGCGGCAUCAACAUGCUCUAGGAGAGACAAGUUUUUCUGCAGUAGGUCGUGGAGAGGAAAGUUGCUCUGCAGCAGGUACUCUAUCGAGUCUUAUAAAUUACUCUGGUCCAAUGGGAUAUUCUGGUAGUAUCUCUCUUCGGUCAGAUAGCAGCACAACCAGCACGCGAUCCUUUGCCUUUCCCAUAUUACAGUCUGAAUGGAAUAGCAGUCCAGUUAGAAUGGCAAAAGCUGACCGGAGGCAUUUUCGGAAGCAUAGAUGUUGGAGGCAGGGCCUUCUUUGCUGUAAAUUCUGAAUGAGUCUUUUCUAUGCAUAGGGUUAGGAUCUGGUUUUAUACAUCACAAAAAAAAUUUUAAUUUAUUGAAUAUGAAAAAUAUAUACUUCCUUUUCUCUCUUGUGGUGUCUACAUGUGAAGUAGUGUCUUAGUGUCAUGCAGGCAAGUUCAUGAGGUGUAGCAAUGUCUUAUAAUUUUCUGCUUAUCUGCACCUAUAUACAUUUUCUCCAGUAUAGAAGCAAGUCUUUAUUUUUA